AUGGUGUCAGAAGACGAUGUGUGCCUGCCUCGAAUGGACAAUCUUACAAGAGCCGUCAACUUACACUGCCAGAAGAUGCGCUCACAAGAACCAUGUGACUUGAAUUUUGACCUUGACAGGGAAUACAUAGGUGACAACUUUAUACUCGAUGACAUCAGUUAUGAAGACCAACGACAUAUAGUGUUCGCAACAACGGAACAACUCGGUGAAUUAAAACAAUCAAGAAAGUGGUUUGUAGAUGGGACUUUCAAACUGGUCAAACGUCCCUUCUACCAACUAGUGACUAUUCAUGCCUUCGUAAGAAAAGGCGAAGAUACCAAACAGGUACCACUGGUAUAUAUUCUUAUGUCACGAAGAACCAAGCAAGACUACAUUCAAGUCCUAUCCAGCAUUCACCGCUACCUGGAUUCCCCUCUUGUUGAGUGGUUCAUGGUCGAUUUCGAAGCUGCAGCCUGGCAGGCGAUCAGAGACGUGUUCCCCGGUUGUGUAAUAAAAGGCUGUGUCUUUCACUGGGUGCAGCGAAUCUAUAGGAAAGUAAUGAACGAGGGGUUUAAGACCGCAUACACCAACAAAGGCGACAAGUAUCUGUUCUUACGGAAGGUAAUGUCACUCCCAUACCUACCAGAUGAGCACAUAACAUCAGCCUUCAAUCAACUGCACCAACAGGCAACUGAAGUCGGGGGUCCGGUGUUGAAAGUACUGGACUACGUGGAGAAAACGUGA